AGGAAGGUGCUCGAUACAGGCGGACGCCAUUUUUGUGAAAAUCUGCACCUUCUCCUCCUGACAGUGAUGAACUUCCAGAUGUUUCUCUUGUACAUCUGCAUUUUACUGUUUAUCUGCUGUGAUUUCUCAUCUGAAGAUCCUCUAAUUAAUGUAAAUGCCCCAGUGGGUUCCACAGCUCUCCUACCCUGUAACUGUACCACUGAACCUGAUAAAACACCACGUGUUCUGUGGAAGACUGAUUCUGAGACAGUGUUUGAGCGACAGGGUGAUGUGUCGUAUCAUGGUGAGGGAUAUAAGGGUCGUGUGGACGUUUCUGAGGACGAGCUGAAUAAAGGAAACUUUUCUCUGGUGUUGAAGAAUGUCAGUGUUAAUGAUGAGAACGUCUACACAUGCAGUCUGGUGGUGAAACCUAAACAGGAUUUGAUCCAGAAGGUUCGUCUCUCAGUUGUUGAUAAACCAGAACCUACUCCUACUCCUCCUCCUCCUCCUCCUCCUCCUUCUCCUUCUCCUCCUCCUUCUCCUCCUUACUGGAUUAUAAUUGUAGUAUUGUGUGUUGGUUUGGUUGCUGUAGCAGUGAUAUUCAUCAUCUACCGUAAGAAACGAGAGUACUUUCAUCAUAAAUCUGAUGUAAAAGCACCAGAACCAGCACAGCUUCCACUGAACAGUUCUGCAUUGGACAGUCCAUCCAACACCAAUAAUGGUUAGUGUUUGACUAAACCUCAGGCUGAUCCAGUGUAAAUCUAAGUUAGUCUCCACCAUCACAAGAUGAACAAAAAGAUCUUCUGAGACCUUAAUGUGAGCUGGUAAUGGACUUCCAUCAACCUGGAUCUCCAGCAACUGAUGUAAUCCUGCACCAUCACCAGAAGAGGACACCAAGGCAAAACUAUCAGUGUAAUCCCAACUAAAUACCAGUUCAUGUUAGGAGUUUAUAAGACUUUACGUGUGAUCCCAGGAAAAGUUUAGAUUCUCUAAAAGGUCAAUACUAGUUGCUACUUCAGUAUUUGUUAUUAAUCCACUGGACUCAUUUGCAAAAUAUCGAGAUGCUGUUUUUCAUUCUCCAGACUUUUCCUUUUAAUGUCACAUUAUUUGAAAUUUUUCUUUUAACUGUAUAAUUUACAUGCAGCACUAACUAGGUUUAACUAGGUAACUAGCUAGGCGUUCUGGAAUGGAAAAGCAAAACCCCUCUUUUUCAGAAAAUGAAUUGUGAUUAAUGUUAUUAGCCUUUGUGUUAACUCAUUAUUAGAUUUUGGUAUUAACCCUGGGAGACCCUCAGAUGCAGAAUUGCAACAUUUCUUAUAAAUGAUGCCAUUAUAACUACAGUAUGUAUGCCUACAAAUGGCCUAUACAACAUUUCCCAGCAGCCCACACUAAACUUUUGUAUUGUUAUUAUGUGGGCGGAGUCACAACUACAGUGAAGGUCAGGUACUUCCCUAAACUCAAACAAAAGGACUGGCCUUAAUUACACCCCAUGCUCCUGUUUUCACUUAAAAUUUUGUUUUAGUUUUUUUACCACAUUUUUUAUGAUGUUCAAAUGUAAUACGUAUAUUACCAAACUUCACUCUGUCCAGUUGAUUUGUGGGCAGUUUUUUAAAUGUUGCAAAAAUACAACACUGGGCUCCAGUGGUCAUCAUAAUUACAGAAGAGAAACUCAAAUCAAAUGAAUGACACCAUUAUUUUCCAGACAGCAAUAUUAGUUUUAGAUUUAGAAGCACAUGAAUGGUGGAGAGCUGUUCCACUUCUUAUCAUGUUCAUGUCAGAACUAAUUUGCAGAAAAUACUAGGCCAAGCUUCAGGUUAUACAUCUCAUACAUAAGUAACACAAGUUAUUUAAAAGAAUACAA